AUGAGUGCACGAACUGUUCCCAUCCUCACGCCGACCAUCCAAAUGUCUGCCCCGUCCCCCGGCGACCCCAUGGACAUCGCAACACCAACCAACUCAUCUGCGCCGGCUUCUGCGACCAAAAGUCCUACGGAAGAGACCAAUGGUGGAAGGGAUUUUGAGAACACCGGCGCCCCGAAGAACGAGGCGCAAGGAAACACGGGAUCCAUGACGAUGCCAGCGCCAGCAGCCGCAGCCGCUGCAGUCCACCAGCCCAAGAUUGUUCAAACUGCUUUCAUCCACAAGCUUUACAACAUGUUGGAGGAUCCUAGUAUUCAGCAUCUCAUAUCAUGGUCAAAUUCACAAGAGAGCUUCGUUAUGGCUCCAUCAGCAGACUUCUCUAAAGUACUUGCUCAAUAUUUCAAACACACCAACAUCUCAUCGUUUGUUCGGCAGCUCAAUAUGUAUGGCUUCCACAAAGGGACGUUGUGGCUUUGCAAGGAGAGAUUCAACGGCAAGCUGACAUUAUCCGUGGACUCGAUGAACCACCUGAAGCUCCAUAUUCUAGCAGAGGCCAAUAUUUUGCCCAUUUAG